GUACCAGGUCUGAAGUAGCUAAAUUGAAAUCGAACAUGCGUAAUUAGCCUUUCUGAAUAGGGAAAAAAAGAAAAAAAACAUCCCCCCCAGCCCAAAACCCACAACAAAUCUCUCCGUUUGUAGAACAUGCGCAUUCGUAGUCUGUAGCUAUUUUUUUUUUGGUAUUAAAUGUGAGCAUGCGCAUAGUGAGAGGGAAGGCGUUCUGAAGUUUGAACCGGACAGAAACGGCUGGUCCUGGUGCUGUCAGUUGCUCACUUUUUUGAGGAGAUAGGCCUAGUUUGUGUCUCAGUAUGUCAAUAGUAACAGUGCAACUUGGCCAGUGUGGCAAUCAGAUUGGUUUUGAAGUGUUUGAUGCUUUAUUUAGUGACUCACACUGUCCCCAGAAAUUCUGCUCUAAAAGAGAGAAUGAGGCAUAUCAAGCAUCUUGCAAAGAAAGAUUCUUCAGUGAGGAGGAAGACGGAGUUCCAGUUGCCCGUGCUGUACUGGUUGACAUGGAACCUAAAGUUAUCAAUCAAACACUGUCAAAGGCUGCCCAUUCUGGCCGUUGGAAAUAUGGCCAGCAUUCACACCUCUGUCAAAAACAAGGUUCUGGAAACAACUGGGCAUAUGGUUACUCUGUCCAUGGACCCAGGCAUGAAGAAUCUAUAAUGAACCUCAUCCAGAAGGAAGUGGAGAAAUGCGACUCUUUGAGUGGUUUUUUCAUCGUAAUGAGUAUGGCUGGAGGCACAGGAUCAGGGCUGGGAGCCUUCCUUACACAGAACUUACAAGAUCAGUACUCAAACUCUUUGAAAAUGAAUCAGAUUAUAUGGCCUUAUGGAACUGGUGAGGUUAUUGUUCAGAACUACAACUCCAUUUUGACUCUUUCUCACUUGUACCGAUCUUCAGACGCCCUCCUUGUCCACGAAAAUGAUGCUGUUCAUAAGAUCUGUGCGAAACUGAUGAAUAUCAAGCAGAUCUCCUUUCGUGAUAUAAAUCAAGUCCUAGCACAUCAGCUGGGAAGUGUGUUCCAGCCUACUUACUCUGGGGAAGGCUCAUUUCACUACAGAAGAAAUCCACUAGGAGACUUAAUGGAGGAUUUAGUUCCCCAUCCAGAAUUCAAGAUGCUGGGUGUUCGUAACAUUCCUCAAAUGUCUGAGAAUUCCCUGGCAUACAGCACGUUUACUUGGGCUGGCCUCCUCAAGCAUUUGAGACAGAUGCUCAUUUCUAAUGCAAAAAUGGAAGAAGGUAUUGAUUGGCAGGUACGGCCUCCUUUAUCAGGACUUCCUACUCUUGGAAAAAUGCCUCUCAGCAAGGAGUUGCAUUUUAACACUUCCAUUGCUAACUUGGUCAUCCUUCGUGGGAAAGAUGUGCACAGUGCGGAUCUGGGGGCGUUUAAAGAUCCAGCUCUCUAUACUUCCUGGUUAGAGCCUGUUACCGCUUUCAACGUGUGGAAGACCCAGCGAGCCUUCAGCAAAUAUGAGAAGUCUGCAGCGUUGGUCAGCAAUAGCCAGUCCUUAGUAAAACCACUGGAUAUGAUUGUAGGCAAAGCGUGGAAUAUGUUUGCUUCAAAAGCCUACCUUCAUCAGUAUACAAAAUUUGGAAUUGAAGAAGAGGACUUUUUGGACGGUUUCGCAUUGUUAGAACAGGUUAUUGCCAGUUACAGCAACCUCUGAUUUUGACUUAAGUCAUUUUUGGACUGAAAUAUUUUUGACACUUUUCUCUGUAAGUUUUUCAAAUUCCUAUCUGCUAACGUAACAAAAUUAAAUGCUGAUUCCUCCUGCAUAAUACACCCACAGAAAAGGAGGGAAACCUUUUAAAUGGAGCAUGUUUUCAAAGAAAACAUCUACUUGGUUGUUUUCCUUUGUAAGAAAAAAAAUGGUGCUUCUUUAAAAAACUUUGGGAACACUGCUAAGAUAUUGGAACUCUGGAGCUAUCCAAAAGAGGGAAUAUUCUUCUUUGUCCUCAUGUUCAUAAAACUUCCCUCUUCAUUCCAAAAAGCAUUCACUAAAUACGAGCUAAACUUGUACAGCACAAUUUGAAGCUAAGGAAUUGUAAUUCUGUAUUUAAAGGUAAUCAUCUUUGAAGUGAAUGCUUUGAACCACAAGAGGGAGCUGUUGUCAAAUAGUGUGAAUAUCUAUUUUGACUAUUAUUCUGUAACAGGGUAAGAUUUUUUCUUUUCUUUUCUUUUUAAUUUGGGGGGGGUAAUUAAGUUUAUUUAUUUUUUAGAGGAGGUAAUGGGGAUUGAACUCAGGAUCUUGUGCAUGCUAAGCAUGCACUCUAUCACUUGAGCUAUGCCUUCCGCUCCAAGAUUUUCUACUUUAGGCAACUAUUUAAAAAUAAAUGUCAGGAUUUUGUUAAUAAAUGUAUAUCAGGCUUUAAUACAAAGAUAAAUAAGUAAGUGUUUACUUUGUUUGCUUUUCUUAAAUUUUCAGGGCAUCCAAAAAUUGCAGUUUUCUUUUAGAUCUUAGAAUGCCAGAGCAGGAACUGAUUUUAUUCGAUUAGUGUUUUAAAAUUACAGGUAUUUGACUGAUGUGGAAGAUGGUUAUGCCUUUCAGUAAAAGGGGUAAGCGCUUUCACCAAAAUUUCACUAAGUUGAGAAGAUUAUCACCAAGGAAACACCGUGCUGGAUGAAACUGACAUGUACAAAUAUGGGUUUACUCAGAAGGACAAACACAUUUGGACGCUGGCAGCUGAGUUUGAAGGGAAUGGUGUGUUUCAAUAAAACCCAUCACAUGCACUGUAUUAACAAAUGUAAAAUGGGAAACAAAUAGGAACAUUUGUCCUUUCUGCCAAAUCUACCAGUGGUGACUUAUUUUUAUAUGGAAAAAUGACAGUUCACAGAUUCACUGGUUUCUUCCUUUUCUUUCCAUAUGGAAAUGAUUACCUUUUUGCUGUUUUUCUUAUCAACUGUUGCUAUGAUUUAAAAUACUGAACCAUAUCUUACUUCGAAGGAAUGUAAAAAGUGGUCUGUUCAGCUGCUAAAAGGCACACCCACUGCUGCAUUUUGUUAACCCAAGUCCACUUGAAAAUAAUUAGAUCAUAAUUUUUGCAAACUACAGUUAAAAGUAAUAGUUUAGCGUUGCAGAGAUCCAAAGACUGAAACAAUUUCCCAUACUAAACCAGCAUUAAUGAAGAUCUGUAACUGAAUUACCUCACGAGGGGGUAAGCUGAUUCUGAGAAAUCUUGAUCCAAGUUAAGCUUAAAGAAAGUCUUUAGCUGAAAUCGUUUUGUAUUUGAGAAAGUAUGCAUGAUGUGCUAAUGGAGACAAGUGUAUUUCUAAUUUGAACUCAUAGAAUCAAUGGCAGGUGACUACUGGAAGUAAACUCCAGUUAGACAGACCCCUGGGUCCAUUCACUUAUGUGAGUUGGCCCUUUUUUAUGAUCCACAGCUGCAUUAUUUGAUCUGUGUAGAUACCUAAAUAGUUACAAAAUUGUUUUAAACAUUUACAUGGAAAAUAUUUUUUCUUGUCUAUUUGGAAUAAUAUAAAAUUUUUGCUAUUAGAAUUGUGAUAACUUAAAAUUAACACAGAGAAGCUGAUGCCAAAGCUUCAAGAGAAGGGGUGGCGCUGGAAAUGUACUUUGAUUUGUGUGCAGAUAACGACCAAUCAGCCAGGACAUUAGAAUCAUGACUUCCCGGACAUACAGAUUCAAAAGCUUUGAACGUGUAAUUUCUUAGAUUCCUGGGUAACUGGCAUGCUGGGUCUCACUCAGACACUGUCCCCCAGAGCCAGGGCGCACGUUAUAGGCAGUGAGUACGGUAUAAAUUCAAACUGCUGCUUAUUUUCAAGUGUUUUCGUUCUCCCCUAUUUGUGCUUUUCUUAAGAGCUCUUUAAGCUGUAGAAUAUCUUUUUUCCCAUUCAUUCCCUCUUCCUUCUACCUUUGGGUACUCCCUCCCUCCCCAGCCUCUUAAUCAAUCUGCAGCAUCUUUCUUCUUUAUUUAACCUGUCACUUAGAACCUGGUAAGUAUGCCCACAAUUCACACUUCUUAGUCCAUUCAACCAGUAUCUGUUCAGUGCUAGGCACUGAACAGAUGUUAUGGGAUAUAGGGAUCGAUACCACUUAGUCUAAAUGAAGACGCUUACAACGUGGUUAAGUUUCUUGGCACAUCUGGUGCUACAAUUCUAGCUUCCUAAUUAUUGCUUAUUAUCUUGCCCAUGUCCACGUUCAAUUUUUUUUUUUUUUUUACAAGAGAUGUGGUACAAGGUAAAGAACAAUGAACUGGGAUCUCUAGUCGAGGCUUAAAAUUUGUCUGAAGCAUCUCCUCUCUGUGCAGUGGACAUACCAGUGAUUCUUCUCCUGACCACCAUGUUUAUCACACUUGCAUUCCUGUCCAAAACUUUGUUUUAAAACGCGCUCCCUAAGUUCCCAUCCCACUGUUCUCUCCCCAUGAGCCCAAGGUUAGCAGUCAACCCUUUCUGGUUCUUCCACUUACCUACCAAAUAUGGCUUUGCCUACUCUCUUGUCAUUUCUGGCAAAUAAUCAGUUAUUUAAUUUGAGAUAUUUGCUUGUCUCUAUCAAUCACAUUGUUUCCUAUAGGUUUUAGGAAUGUGAGCUACCAAAUCUGGCUUUAUAUUUUUAACUAAAUAACUUCCUACUCCUCCACUCUGAAAUGUCUCAGAUGAUGCAGUGUCAGCCUGAUUAAUAAAUGGAAUCCCAUUUCUACUAGCAGGAAUGUUAAGAUAAACAAUGUAAAUAUUUCAAGUUUCUGGAGAACCCAGUGUUGGGUCAGUGUUGGAGAAGAUGUGACAUUCAGUGGAGAAGGAAAAGAGAAAAUUCCAAUCGUUUAUAGACUCUAGAGAGCCAGUGAAGCAGGAAGAGAUGAAAAGGAAGGUCUGGGGAAGGAUGAAGCCCCCAGAGAAAUGCUCAUAGCUCACAAGCAUUUCAAAAAAAAGGAGGGGGAGGGGAAGAAGGGGAGAAGUCUGGAUGGUUUUUGAAUUAUGGGCUUUACCUAAUGAUAAAAAACCUAAGAGUAGCUUACAAAAUUGGCAUAAAAAGAAACAGUAAGCUAAAUUACAUGUCACUUAGCAAGUAAUUCUGUCUUACCUGAAUUUAGCUCCUUUGCCAAUGAUGGAGCCAAUUUGAUGGAUAGUUUUAUGGUUCUCUUGUCCCAUCUGAAUUUAAUUAUUUACAUGGUAAGUACACGGAAGUUCAAAGAUUUUUGUCCAGUCUUUUUAUCCAAUAUUGGCUGUCGAAUAAGGUGGCCAUUAACCUCAUGUGGUUAGGGCUGUAAGUGCAAAAUACACAUUGGAUUUUGAAUAUGAACAAAGUAAUGUAAAAUAUUAAUAUUUCAACAUGUUAAAAUGAUAUUUUGGACAUAAUAGGUUAAAUAAAUUAUUCAGAUUGGUAUAAUUCCUGUUUCCUUUUAAAUUUUAAAAUGUAGCUACUAAAAUUUUUUUUAACAUUAGAUACAGGGCUUGUAUUUCUAUUGGACAGGGCUAUUUUAGACAUUUCAGGAGCAAAGUCCUGGGAAUUGUAGAAACUGGAGUUGAACAAGCUUGUCCUUACUAGGUGAGAGUUCAUGGGAACAUGAUAGUAAGAAACAUGAUAUGAGGCAAAAGAUGGGAGUUUCCUUUUUUGAAAAAAACAGGCCUUUGCUUAAGCUCUGCGGAUGUGGACAGCAUGAAAGAGGCAGGAUGUGCGCUUAAUCCAACAAACAUCCACUGAACACCUGCAAGGGGAAGACACCGUGCAAAGACAGGGAAAUUUAAAAAUGAAUUAAACCU